GAAGAUGUGCGUAUAUUGUUUUUUUUUGGUUUUGCUUUGGCAAUCCUUGUAAUGGAGUAUAGAGGGGCUGUAGAAAUCAUUCAAAGCAACCCAUGCCAUGUCCUUGUGACGUGUGUGGAAACUAAACAUAGGAAAUAUCAUUGUGUGCGGGCAGAUUGUUUCAGCUUCAGAACGAUGAAGAUAGUGAUUUUAAUGGUGCACCUUAUUGGCCUCGCCUUCGGUCAGUAUCAGUGGACAAUAUUCGACCAGGAGCACGUGAACCUUUGCAGCGAAAGUUACAGCUGCGGCGGGCGUACUCACACCAUGUGUUACAAGGCUAACGAAACGCAUCCGAGAUGCCGCAGGUUCGAACCGAUCCGUCUGAGCGAGGCAAGCAUCAAGAGCUUCAUGAUGGGACACAAUGGAUUGCGGAACAAGGUCGCAACGGAUCCCCGGCGGCCGGCGACGGAUAUGCAGUUUCUGCACUGGGACCGGGAUCUUCAAUCCAUGGCGGAGCGUUGGGUUCGCCAGUGCAUCGUCGGGUACGAUGAGUGUGAUUUCAUCGGUAACCCCUCCUUUCCGAUCGGCCAGAACGUUUUCUUCCAUCCCAAACCGAUACUGCAGCACUGGGAAGCGCUCGCACUCAGUACGUGGUUCGCCGAAAAGGACCGACCGGGCAGCAGCAACCUGUCCGUCGGUCGGCUGCAGAGCGCCGGGGUGUCCAACUACACGCAACUCAUCUGGGCCCGCACUCAGUUUGUGGGUUGCGGUGCGGCCAGCAUGUACGGCGGCCAUCUGAUCGUCUGCUACUACCAUCCCAGGGGCAACGUCAUCGGCCAGCCGGUGUACACGGUGGGCCGGCGUGCCUGUACCGGUUGCCCGCAGGAGCGUGCGGCCUGUUCGCACGUGUUCCGAGGGCUUUGUGGAAUUGAUGAUAAACAUUCUGCGGGACAGCGAACGUACGCGCACAACGCAUUGCUGCUGCUGAUGAUGAUGAUGUUUAUUGCCACCGUUUGGAGUACCGGGUCGAUCGGCUGGAAGAGCGAAAGGACGUGAGAACAGGCGCACGCGAAAAUGGAGGAGCACACAAAGAACGCAAACUGGCUGUCUUUUCACAGGGGCGCUUUGUGACGGCCGGAACCCACUUCAAAGCAAGGUGCGACAACAAUGCCAUCUUGACAGUCUUUGGCGAAGUGUCGACAAUCACCUAAAAGUUAACAACAAUUAAAAUCGAAAAAAUAUGUUAUUUUCUGAAAAGCAACAUAUAAAAGGAUUUAUAGAAAAC